AUGUCUAUGGGCAGCGGUCGUAUUUCAGAGUCUCAUGACGAAAAACAGUUGGCUUUGGUUUUCCGUUCGUACGCCGCGCGUCGCAUCGUCGGUGGUAUGGAGACGAGCAUCAGCAUGUAUCCUUACAACGUGGCCAUCUCCAGGAACGGCAACCACUGGUGCGGAGGCUCCGUCAUCGAUGAACAGUGGAUAUUCACCGCGGGACAUUGUCUUGAAUCAGCAUUCGACGGAGAUCAAAAGAAACUAAUAAAUUACAUCGUUAGAGCGGGCAGUUCGUUUCACAAUCGUGGCGGCUACCAGGCGAGGAUAAAUAAGGCGUUCUUCCCGCCUAACUACGUGCCUGGUAAUGCUGACUUCGACUUUUCCCUCGCUCGUCUAGACCGGCCGAUGCCUAUCGGGAGAAACAUCGCGGUCCUCAACCUGCCCUCCAGAGACUAUCAGAUCAAGACGGAUGAUAUUCUCAUUGUCACAGGCUGGGGAAGUACUGAUCAAUCAGGUUACGGCAACAUACCUGACCGGCUUCGGUUCGUGCCGGUGCCAGUGAUGGGCGCGGACGAUUGCCAGCAUGCUUACCGUUUCUACAUAACACCGCGCAUGGUCUGCGCCGGGUAUGCCACCGGUGGGAAGGAUGCUUGUAAUCACGACUCCGGUGGUCCAGCUGUCCGCGACGGCAUACUUCUAGGAAUAGUAUCCUUCGGUGGUAAGAAAUGCGGCGACCCACAAUCCCCGGGCGUGUACAGCCGCGUCUCGGAGAUAACCUCGUGGGUGGAAACAACGAUCACCGCGAACGAAGCGAGCAAUGAACCGGAACUUGUGCCUAAGAUUUUGAAAGCUAGACAGCGAGAGAAAGAAUUACAGAAAUUUAAAGCUCAAGUAGAAGAUAAGAAGAAUAAAAUAAAGAACUGGUUACGUGAGACUCUCAGCUCUCCUACUUUCCUAGACUUAGCGAAGAGAAAGCUGAAAGAAGCUGGUUUUAAUCUUAGAAGACGGUACAGAAGAGACAACAAUGAUGAUGUCACUGAUAGUUUUUUGGACGACAGUUUGAUGGAUGAUAUAAAUCUGACCAAUCAGAUUAAUGAACGAAUAUUAGGUGAUGGUGAAGGUGAAGCCGAGGCAUUGCUGAGGAUGAUGGCAUUGCAAGAAAUCAUGGAUGAAAAUAAAGAUGAAUACAGAAAUUCGAGCAGGAAAACCCGUGCGAAAGAUUUGAUAGCAUACAUUACUUAA